CAAGAGAUUUGUUUAUUUCAGAGGACGAUUGAGAUCACUUAUUACGGUGUAAAAUUGGUGUGAAAGAAAGAUGAAGACUCUUCUUCUCCUCCCGUUGUUCUUCUCGCUGAUCCUUGCGACCCGUACCUCCAAACAACAGGACUACGACCGAAAUCAUCAAAAUCAACAACAGGGCAAUGACCGAAAUCAAGAACAAGGCAAUCAUCAAAAUCAACAACAGGGCAAUCAUCAAAAUCAACAACAGGGCAAUCAUCAACAAGGCAAUCAUCAAAAUCAACAACAGGGCAAUGACCGAAAUCAACAACAGGGCAAUCAUCAAAAUCAACAACAGGGCAAUCAUCAACAAGGCAAUCAUCAAAAUCAACAACAGGACUAUGACCGAAAUCAACAACAGGGCAAUCAUCAAAAUCUACAACAGGGCAAUCAUCAACAACAGGGCAAUCAUCAACAAGGCAAUCAUCAAAAUCAACAACAGGGCAAUGACCGAAAUCAACAACAGGACAAUCAUCAGCAGGGCAAUCAUCAAAAUCAACAACAGGACUACGACCGAAAUCAACAACAGGGCAAUCAUCAACAGGGCAAUGGCCGAAAUCAACAACAGGACAAUCAUCAACAGGGCAAUGACCGAAAUCAACAACAGGGCAAUGACCGAAAUCAACAACAGGGCAAUCAUCAACAUCAACAACAGGACUAUGACCGAAAUCAACAACAGGGCAAUCAUCAAAAUCUACAACAGGGCAAUAAUGAACAACAGGGCAAUCAUCAACAGGGAAAUCAUCAACAGGGCAAUCAUCAAAAUCAACAACAUGGCAAUGACCGAAAUCAACAACAGGGCAAUCAUGAACAACAGGGCAAUUAUCAAAAUCAACAACAUGGCAAUGACCGAAAUCAACAACAGGGCAAUCAUGAACAACAGGGCAAUUAUCAAAAUCAACAACAGGGCAAUCAUCAAAAUCAACAACAGGGCAAUGAUAGAAAUCAACAACAGGGCUAUGACAGAAAUCAACAACAGGGCAAUCAUCAACAGGGCAAUCAUCAAAAUCAACAACAGGGCAAUGACCGAAAUCAACAACAGGGCAAUCAUCAACAACAGGGCAAUCAUCAAAAUCAACAACAGGGCAAUGAUAGAAAUCAACAACAGGGCUAUGACAGAAAUCAACAACAGGGCAAUCAUCAACAGGGCAAUCAUCAACAGGGCAAUCAUCAAAAUCAACAGCAGGGCAAUGACCGAAAUCAUCAACAGCAGGGCAAUCAUCAACAUCCGGGCAAUGACCCUCAUCCUGAAUGGCAAGAGUCAGUAUCUGAAUCUCAAAUGGACUUUGCUGUGAGGAUUUUUCAGCAGAUUUCAUCGCCAGUAGAAAGACCCCCAUCACAAAUUUUUAUUUCUCCCCUCAGCAUUUACAUAACGCUCUCCAUGGUGGCUCUCGGUUCCCAUGGUAGAACUCGGGAAGAAAUCCUCUUGGCUUUAGGCCUGAAGGGCACCGAGGAGGACACGGUGCUUCAUGAGGGCAAUAAAAGGAUCCUUGAAGCAAUACGUCAGUCAACCAAAGAGCGGGGAUUCAAGCUUAGUAAUGAGGUCUUCAUAAAACAGGGGGGAAGUUUUUUACCGCAAUUCCAAGACAUGAUGGACCUUUACUACAACACCCCCGUCCAAACCAUCAGCUUCAGUGACCCUCGGGCGGCUGAGGAAGCAAUCAAUAAGAUUGUGAGGGACAAAACAAACCAUAAGAUACGGAAAAUAGUCACUAACUUGAGUUCAGAAACAUCGAUGGUUCUCUUAGAUUUCGCACUCUUUCAUGGUGUAUGGAGAUCACCGUUUUCCCAGCAAAAUACGAGGGCGGGAAAGUUCACCUUAGUGGAUCGGACAUCGAUCAAUGCGCCAAUGAUGAACCAGCAGGGAUUGUAUAAGAUGUACAGAGACACAGAGAUGGAAUGCGAUGUGGUGGAAUUACCGUACAUUGGAGACAUGUCCUUUAUCAUCAUCCUACCAAGACUGCAGCAUCUUUACCGCGUGCAGGAAGAGCUGACCGCCCCGAAGAUCAAACAUUACAUCGACUCAUUGAAAACCAGCCUGUUAAACCUCUACAUACCCAAACUAUCCUUCAACUAUGAUGUCAGUCUGAGACAUAACUUGAUGGUCAUGGGCAUGGAAAGUAUGUUUACUGAGGCCGACUUUGUGAGGUUCUCAAAGGAUCAAAAGUUAGAAGUUUCAGACAUUUACCACCAGUCUUAUAUCGCCAUCGAAGAGAGAAAAACAAAGGCGAGUAGUGCGACUGAUGCCCGAUUAACCAAUUUAAACACAGCCCCCGAAUUCAGAGUGGACCGUCCAUACAUCAUGAUGAUCUACCACAAAGUUACCGAAACCAUUCUCGGGAUCGGCCAAAUCCUGAACCCGGCUGCCAACAAACCCGAGCAUCUGAGGAAUGGAGAAAUAUGAGAAAGCAGAUAAACUGCUGUAUAAAAUGAACCAUUCCGCUCCUAAUAAAGCGAAUGUGAGGAACAA